UGACUAUGAGCGAAGCAGGAAGCGAUCUCCGGCUUCUGCGCGUCUGUAGCGUAAGCACGUUGUUCUGUAACUGUUUCAUAAUUGUGAAUAUUUGAUAACACAUGUCUAAAUUUAGCUAAAACGAAUCUUUAUGUUUUGGACGGAUGCGUUUAUUAUUCAUUAUCAAAAAUCAAUUUUCCUGCAAGUUCUUGCACAACUAAUCAGUGACCAAGGUCAAGAUUUGUGGACGCGAGACCUUCAGCCGGUGUAUGCAAGUGAUCGGGAAUCAGUUACCACAUGGCCGGGUUGAUUAACUUUGAGGACGAACAGGAGGUGAAGCAGUUUCUGGAGAAUUUAGGAGUGGAGUACAGUUAUCAGUGUUACCGGGAGAAGGAUCCUGAAGGCUGUCAGAGGUUGGCAGAUUAUUUGGAGGGUGUGAAGAAGAACUAUGAGUCCACAGCCCAGGUUCUCAAGCACAACUGCGAGGUGAAUGGCCAUGGAGAGAGCUGUUAUAAGCUCGGCGCCUACCAUGUCACCGGCAAAGGUGGUGUGACGGAGUGUUUAAAGACGGCAUACUCCUGUUUUAUGAAGGCAUGUAACAGCAAAGGGAAGAAGUCAGUGGAUGCUUGUCACAACAUAGCUCUGCUUGCCCAUGACGGGCGAGCCAUGGAGGGGGGAGUAGAUGCGAAGGUGGCUCAGCAGUACUACGAGAAGGCUUGUGAGGGAGGCUUCGCCCCCAGCUGUUUCAACCUGAGCGCUCUUUUAAUCCAGGGAUCUCCAGGGCUGGACAAAAACAUGGCGCUGGCUCUAAAGUACGCCCUGCGAGCCUGCGAGCUGGGACACGUAUGGGGCUGCGCCAAUGCCAGUCGCAUGUACAAACUGGGUGAUGGGACAGAUAAGGAUGAUCAGAAAGCAGAGGAGCUGAAGAACAAGGCCAGAGAACUCCACGGACAGCAGAAAGAACGCCAACUAAAAUUUGGGGAGUGAGAUAUCAUGCCAUAACAGUUCACUUUUCCCCAAACUCCUGUUUUGAUAUCACUGCUAUAAACACAGCAUAAAUUGUUUUAAUAAAUGU